GUCAAAUUUGAAACUUGUCGGCACAGUGCAAGAUCUUUUUUUGGCAUUCUUCAAGGUUCUUCCGACGUAGUAGAGGAUGUGUCCCACUCGAAAGCAGCCGUCAAAAGGUUAAAUUGCAACAUCUGGUCUGAGAAAUGUGAUGAAAUAGUUUGUCCAAACUGUUGAAAGCCGCUGAAAAUGGUUUGAAUGAAAGAAAAUUCGAGAAGAUCAAGACUAAUAUGUUCACUCCCCGCGGCUACAAAGCGUUGCCACAAGAAGAUACCUCACAGGAGGAAGAAGAGCUUUUAAAUGACCACAAAAACAGCAUACUUAAAAGGAGUUAUGACAAACGAAAAACAUGGCGUGAUUUAAGGCAUACGACGGAUAUGUCGAGCCCGCAAACGUCGAGGGAAAAUGAGGAAGGCGCUAGCAACAAUCAAUCAAGGCCGAAGGAUUCCUUGAAAGUAGAACCGACGAAAGAAAAGCGAGCAAAGCGGAGUGUAAGAUUUGCGUCUCGUAGCUUGGAAGAUAAACAAGAGACCAUAUCGAACUCAAGACGUUUCUGUUUUGUCAUAUCAUUGAUGAUCUGUACCUUAACUAUAUUUGUGUUUGCUUUCACAGUGCCAUGUGAAGACUCUUCGUGUAACGUCGCCAAUAUGAUAGAAAAUGUUAAGCGGAAUUUAGGAUAUCUUCACAAGAAUUGGACCGUAUCGUUGGACGGUUAUUAUACCGGAAUAGGGUUUCUUUUGCCUGUCAAUAAAACUCGGGCAAUAGUUGUCAGUUUUAACGAUGAAAGACGAAUGAAAGUUAAUAAGAAUGCAAGAGAGUCGGGCCUUGUUUGCAUGCAUGAAAACAAUGGGCAAAAAUUAUGGUUGUACAAUGCGUCCGAUGUCUUGAGAUUAAUUGAAUGUCGAAAUGACGGAGGAUUCGAGACUUGUCUUAUACUAAGCUCGUUUGGCCGUUUGCAGUUGAUUAAUCCCAGCAAAAACGAGAUCAUUUGGUCGACACGUAUCUUAAUUGGAUCUCUAUUACCCAGUGUAUUUCUUGUCAUCAACGAUUGUGACGGUGAUAAAGGAAGAGAUAUACUACUUAGCUAUGACCGUUUCAACGCAACGUGUCAACGCGAAAACAUCGAGAUGUCCUGUAAACAUCCGGGUAUUUUGCAGCUUAUAUCAGGUGGUACAGGCUACCCAAUCGGUAGUAGUUUGAAUAUUCCUCAAAACCAUCUUAUCAAGCGGGUUUCGUUUCAUUCUUCAAAAACAUCAGAGCAUUUGAUUUUUGUGUUGAUGGUCGGUGACAAAGGUCACGUCAAGGUGAUUUCCAUUCAAGAUCUUUAUCGCAAAAUUCUGGACGGCAAACAUGGCGAGACACCGCAUUUGUUCGAUGAAGCAACGAGCGUUGGUGUUUCUGAUGUUGUAUCGGCCAAGCACGAGCCCGUUGUGACAGAUCUGAAUGAGGAUUCCGUGCAAGAUAUUGUGCUGGUUACUGUGGCCGGAAAUAGACAUUCGUUGACUGCGGUGGAUGGCGGGAAGCUCAAGAAGAUGUGGAAAAUUGAUUUCAGAUCGAGAAAAAUGCUAAAUCAACCCGUGAUUGGACAUUUCAAUGAUGACAAAGUCCCGGAUAUUCUAGUCAUUCUCCAGGAUUCUCUGUUGUCCAUGUUUAACCAGUCGUUGGUGCAGGUUCUUGACGGUCAAAAUGGCGACAUUCUUUGGAGCAGUAAACUGCGCCUUGUGAAAAACACAACACCGUUGUCGGCGAGUGUUGGAUAUAAAAGUGAUGUCUUUUAUCUGUGGAUAGAGAAGCAAAAUAAUCGCAGAUAUAGAAAAAUAUUCCCUACAAGAGCGAGCAAAUCAAAGAAAGUAGCAACUACUUCAUUUGACGAUGUUUUUAAAAAGCAGAACGUGAGUGAGCAUGCGCGUCAUCGUCGCUCACCACAUGCGAUCAAGUCACGCUCAAAAACCUCAUCACCUCCGCGGAUGGUUGUUAAGGAGUUCGACUCCUUUAUCGAUAAGGCUUUUGCAAAUGAUUUGAGAAACCUUUCCAGCAAAAAAUUACUCCAGAAAGAUGGUGUUAUGCCAAACGAAAAAUCUGAAUCGCUUUUGGAAAUCAAGAAAAACACUCACAAUGUACUUGAAGAUAUUUUAAAAAAUGAAAGAGAAGCAACUUUUAGUGUGUCGAGUCUUCAAAAACUCGAACCAACUAAGGUUCCUGGCGCUGCAUCAAAUCUACAAACCUUGUCAAAUGAUGCUAUUCUCCAGUCCACUGUCAAAUAUCCAGGUACACAAAAAUUGCAUGGACCGUUAAUAAAUUUUUUAAAUAGCAGAACCUCUGUCCACAAUGAAUCAACGAAGGACAUACUUGCUUCGCCAACUAAUUUUUUGAAUGACAAGGAGAGUUCAGAAAGCUACAAGGAUAUUUCUGCAACGUCUGCUACCCGUAUGAAUCAAGAUUGGAGACCCAUAGUUAACGAGACGACGGACACCGGUUCAAUUAGCAGUCAAAUGCGACUUUUAACUGAGAAAAUUGACAAGAAAUUGAUAAAGAGCAGCAACAGCACAACAAUACUUACAAACGACACUCACAAACAGUCCAUGAGGGAUAUUGUGCAAAGGCAGCCGAGUAAAAGAAGAGGCGAACAAAAUAAACAGAAUUCCAGCAGCGAAAGCAAAACAGCAAAAGUUAGCUAUCGGCAAAAGAGUCCUUAUCAUUUUAUCGUCUUCAAUAUCAGCAAGAUGAGUGAAUUUCGUAAGAGAGAAAAAGAAUUGAACAUCAGCAUCAUAGGCAAGGAAAAAACGGCAGUUCUCGAAAAAACUGAGCGAGAAGUUAGUCCCUCACUACGUAUGAACGUGAGCGGUUUAGAGAGCAGCAAGAAAGCGAGUGACUUUUCCCCCCUUCAUUUAAUUAAAAGUGGAGGUUGGACCAACGAAACUAAGAUCAAUGAUAAUGAUGAACAUGAUCUCAAUAAAAAUGGUCAUUUUGAUCGAAAUUUGUCACACAGGUUUAGUGAAAACACGUCUUUACAAAGUCCUGAAUUUAAAGGUAACUAUUCCAUGGAUCAUGUGAAGAAAGACUCGAUUGGAUCGAAUCAAAGCGCUCUUUUAAACAUUUCGUACGUUGACCAAGCAAAUGUAAGCUCUGUGUAUGAAGAUAGUGAAGAAAGGAAAAAAAUAUUGGAAGUAAAUGUUCAAGAUAAAAAUAUUAGUGAAGUCGAAAUAGUACCCGCAAAAAAAGCCUUCAAUGGUACCAUCGGAAACACCCGUGACAGCAUCGGAGAUUUUGUUCAUACUUAUAACACAACAAAAACAACUAUUUCCAGUGUAGUUCUAAAAGCUCUAUUAUCAAAUACUUCUAAAAACAAGAAAACGUCUCUCUCCUCCAGUUCCUUACUUGGUAGAGUUUUGAGUCGCGGUAUUUCUGUUCUAAAACCUGCAAGUUUUGAGGAAAAUGUUACCGAUGUCGGGUUAAAUGUAAACAUUAAGAAGGAAACUUUGGGGAAAAGAAAAGAUUUUAACGCGAAAAACAAAUGGACGCGUUUUGACAAGAAUGUUACUUCACUAUCAACAGAAAGGGUAGAGCAAAAUCAGCAAUCACAAAAUAAUGAACUGCGUGCACUAGAACUAGGUCAGCAAGAGCAAGAAAAGAACAACGAAGGACAACGAAAAGAAGAAAUGGCAAAAAUAAACCCUUUAGGAAUUCAACAACGACAACAUGUACAGCAGAAGCAACAAGAACAACAAGGAAUAAGACAAUUGCAAGAUGUAGAACAAGUACAACGAGAAAAACAACAUGUAAAGCAGCAACAGCAAAACUUAAUGCAACAACAGCAACACCAAAAACAUGCAAUGAAACAGCAAGAAGAACAAGAACAACAAGCCAUGAUACAACAGCAAAAUGUAAACCGACAACAACAAGAACAGCAAGGAGUGCGACAAUUGCAAAAUGCGAAGCAACAACGACGUGAACAGGAUCAAAAAGAAAUGAAAAAACAGCAAAAUGAAAAUCAUAAAGAGGAAGAAGGACAAGAGAGCAAAGUUAAAAAAAGCAACGUGAACACAAUGAAAAACAAGCGACGCCACAACAACAACAACAACAUCUUCAAGAACAACAAAAACAUGAAAGACAUCAAACAUCAACAAAAACUCAGCAAAAAACAAGAACAACAAAAACAUGAAAGACAUCAACAAGAACACAGCAAAAAAAAACAAGAACAACAAUACUCGCAUCAAAUACAUCACCAUGACAGACAAAAACUAGAAAGCAACAAUAAACACACAAAGAAGCAGUUUGCGACGAGGCUAAAAUUAACGACCAAAGCGUUUCCUACUUCCGUAUUUAAAAUAACAGAAAAACAAAUGAAAAUGAACACAGCAGAACAAAAGCACGAUUCCUUGUCAUCGGAAGGAUUUCAAUUAGCGCUUAUUGCAAUAUUUCCCAACAGCCCAAUGAAUUCAUUUUCCAUUGUGUCAGAAGAGAAAGGCAUCAAAGGAAAAACUGGAGGCGAUACUCUAUGGCCGAAGCUUGUUUCCAAUACCCUUGUCCGCGACGUGGACAGUGAGGGAUUUGCAGAGAUAAUCUACGUCGUUAAUUACGGCGAUAAGGCACAAAGUACAAUGGAGAUGAAAGUAAAAAAAUUCAGCUUUAAAAUUGACACAAACAAAUGAAAUUUUUAAGUACUGUGUUUGUAUCAAUAGCUACAGUUUAUCUAAAUGUUUGUUGUGUUAACUCGCUCCACAUUUUCUUCUUUAUGAUUUAUUUAUUUAAUGAUAAAAAUGGUACAACUUUUAUAACUACAGCAUACAAAUAUAAAAAAGUUAACUAAAA